CCCAGUGAGGGUGGCGAGUUCCGGUUGGGAGGCUUGGUCCCAAGAUGGCGGCGCCGUUGGCGGUAAAUUCAGCGGCUAGCCUGUGGGGUCCAUACAAAGACAUCUGGCAGACUGUGGAAAGUGCGCUGUUGAAGAGACAACCUGAAGCUGCACAUUUACUGGACCUGGUAUUAAAGAAGUAUAAACCACAUUUCAUCGCUCUCUUCAAAAAUCCACCAAAGAGCGCCCAGCAGCAUGAAAAGAUUAAGAAAGCCAGCACAGAAGGCAUUGCCAUUAAAGGGCAGCAGGGCACCAGGCCGCUCCCUGAGCAGCUCAUUGCGGAGUCUUUUAUCCUUAGUGAUUUGUUCAACAUCGGAGAGGUAGCAGCUGUGGAGCUACUGCUUGCAGGUGAACACCAGCAGCCUCGUUUUCCAGGUCUGACACGAGGUUUAGUAGCAGUUCUUCUUUACUGGGAUGGAAAGAGAUGUAUUGCAAAUUCCUUGCGCACUAUAAUCCAAUCACGGAGAGGCAAGACCUUUACAAUGGAACUCAGUCCAGAGCUAGUGUCCAUGGCAACCCGCUUCUCUGAUGAAUUGAUGGAGAAUGGACUGACUCAUAAAAUCCUCGACCUGGUUUCUCAAAUUGAUGUUAACAAUGAGUUUGAGAAGCUGCAGAAGGACCGAGGCCUGGGCAAUGAGAAACAUCGCAAAGAGGUUUCUGACAUGAUAAAAGAGUGUCGUCAGUCUCUUGCUGAAAGCCUCUUUGUUUGGACCUGCCAGUCUCCACUUUCCAAAGAUGAUACACUGCUUUUGAUUAUGCACCUGGAGAAAGUCACAGUGGAAGCUGAUGGCGCAUUGGACAGUGUAAACCUAACCCUUUUAAUGGCUCUUCUAUACUGUUUAGAUGUUGGGUUUUUGGAACAAGCGACCGAUGACCGAGCAGAAUUAAUUCAGCAAACAAAUCUCACAGAAAAACAGUACAUUGCUGCCAUCCACAACCGCCUGCAGGACAGCCAGCAGUGGAAAUCUCCAGGCUUGCAAGCCACCGUUCGAUUGGCGUGGGCUCUCACCCUGCGCGCGGUAUCCCAGUUACUGGAAGUCACAGAAUUUACAGAAGCAGACGAAGGCAUGGCAGAGAUGGCUAUAGUUGGAAAUGUCUUCCUUUUCCUCACUGAGGCCGUUGUGGGAUCAGAGAGCUUCCAUCAGGAGGAAUUUUUCAUUCGCAGGAUACAUAAACUGAUCACUGAUUUCCUCACUCUAAUGCCCAUGAAAGUGAAGCAGUUAAGAAAUCGAGCGGAAGAGGAUGCCAGAUUAAUCCAUAUGAGCAUUCAAAUGGGCAAUGAACCUUCUACAUCACUGCAUCGAGAUCUUGAGCACCUCAUGUUACUGAUUGGCUCAACAUACAAGGAUGACCCCUUUCAUCUUGAACUGGCUUUAGAAUACUGGUGUCCUGGCGAACCUCUGCAGACUACAACCAUUAUGGGUUCUUACCUCGGUGUUGCUCACCAUAGGCCUCCACAGCGCCAGAUCGUGUUGUCAAAGUUUGUGAGACAAAUGAGUGAUCUUCUUCCUGCCACUCUUUACAUACCUUAUCUAAAGAUGCUUCGGAGUCUGUCCAGUGGGCCGCAGUGUGCGCAUUACUGCUUUGGUCUUCUAAAAUCCAAUGGUGGUGGUCAUGCAGAGAACAUGCAGGGAGCUGGGGGUAGCCCAGUGUCUUGGGACCAUUUCUUUCAUUCUUUGAUGCUGUAUCAUGAGCACCUACGGAGGGAUUUGCCCAGUGCAGACACUUUACAUCAACGCCACCCACUGCUCAGAGGCAUUACCCAGAGGGAGCUUGAUGGACUUAUUGCUUUUUUACAGCUCACUACUGAAAUCAUCGAUUGGAGUGAAAGUGCUCGUCUGGCUCUUAGUGAACAUGCUCAGUGGAUGCCUGUGGUUGUUAUCCUUGGCUUGCUCCAGUGCAGUAUUCCUCCCAUCCUCAAGGCUGAGCUCUUGAAAACAUUGGCAGCAUUUGGGAAAUCACCAGAGAUAGCAGCUUCACUCUGGCAAUCUCUGGAAUAUACCCAGAUUUUACAAACAGUGAGAGUUCCAGGCCAGCGACAGGCAGCAGGCAUUGAGGUGGAACUGAAUGAAAUCGAGUCGAGGUGUGAGGAGUAUCCACUGACUCGUUCUUUCUGCCAGCUCAUUGGUACUUUAGUCGGCAGUUCUUUUCCAUCCAACCUUGGUGCUGGUCUGCGCCCUCCAGGUUUUGAACCCUACCUUCAGUUUCUCCGGGACACUGUUUUCCUCCGCUUCCGCACCAGGGCUUACAGAAGACCCGCAGAAAAGUGGGAAGUAGCAGAGGCAGUGCUGGAUGUUUUUUACAAGCUGCUAAAAGACUAUGAACCCCAGCCUGAUGACUUUGUGGACCAUCUUGUGCAUCUGCAAGGGGAAGAAAGAGUUGCUUACAAACCUCCUGGUUUCAGCUUAAUGCACCACCUACUCAACGAGUCCCCAAUGUUGGAGCUAUGCCUGAGUGUUAUUGAAGAGGGAGUCACUCAGCUAGACACAUAUGCACCUUUUCCAGGGAAGAAUCAUCUGGAAAAGGCAGUCAUAUACUGUAUAAUGCUCCUCAAUCUGACUCUGCAGAAGGAAAAUAACUUCAUGGAUUUGCUAAGGGAGAGUCAUCUUUCUAUGAUUGUGACCCCAGUGGAACAACUUUUGCAGGGAAUUAAUCCCCGCACCAAGAAGGCAGACCACAUAGUGAAUAUUGCAAGGUAUCUUGGCCAUGGCAGCUGCAAUCCAGAACUUGCUUUUGAAAGUGCAAAGCUUUUGUGUAGCAUCUCACGUAAUGCCAACAUCCACACAAAACUUGUGGGAGACUUCACCAGAGACCAGACUGUGAGUCAGAAGCUGAUGGUCGGCUUUGUGGAGUGUUUAGAUAGUGAAGAAUCUAGCGAGCCUCUGAAACUUGAUGAAGACAUGCAAACUGAUAAUAAAGAAGUAACGAUUCAGCACAAGACAAAAAUCCACAUCCUUAAUUUAUUGAUUACCUCAUUGGAUAUGAAACCCCCAAAUUUGGCUCUAUACCUUCUAGGCUUUGAGCUGAAGAAACCAGUGAGCACCACCAACUUGCAGGACUCUGGAGUUUUGGGAUGCCCUCGAACGUGCCUCCACUCCAUACUUGAUAUCUUAGAGAAGGGGACGGAAGGUCGAUCGGGCCCCAUUGCAGUAUGGGAUUCUCCACUGCUUGCUGAACUGUGUUAUGAGGUAAUAUACCAGCUGUGUGCCAGUGCAGAAACCUCUGGGCCCACUAUGCGAUACCUACGGACGAGCCAGGAUUUCUUGUUUUCUCAGCUCCAGCAUAUUCCCUUUUCUAUUAAAGAACAUGAAAUCUCUGUCAUGAAUCAGAUGUCUUGGCUAAUGAAGACUGCAUCCAUUGAACUACGUAUCACAUCCCUAAACCGUCAACGCUCCCACACACAGAGACUACUACACCUUCUCUUGAAUGACAUGCCAAUGAAACCAUAUGCAGCAGAUGGAGAAGGAGGAUUAGAAGAAGAAAGCCGAGCUCUAAGUGGAAUCCUAAAUUUUGACACCACCUCAAAAGUUCGUCGAAAGAUUCUGAAGAUCCUAGACUCCAUUGACUUCAGCCAAGAUAUCCCAGAGCCCCUGCAGUUGAAUUUCUUUGACCGCAAUCAAAUAGAACAUGUUGUUGCUUCCUGUGAACAAAAGGAUAGCAGAGGGCAGAUUAUCUGCAGUGUUAAGUUUCUGCAUCGGGUUCUGGUGGCGGAGGUGAACGCCUUGCAAGGAAUGGCUGCCAUUGGACAGAGACCUUUACUCAUGGAGGAAAUAAAUACUAUACUCCAAUAUGUUGUGGAGAGAAACAAGUUGCUGCAAUGCCUCCAUGCCAAACGUCACGCUCUGGAGUCCUGGAGGCAGUUGGUGGAGAUCAUUCUGACAGCCUGUCCACAGGACCUCAUACAGGCUGAACAAAGACAACUUAUCAUUCGCGAUCUGCUUCAGGAUGUGCAUGAAAAGAUCCUGGAUGAUGAUGCGGCACAUGAGCUAAUGCCAGUAGUUGCUGGAGUGGUAUUUACUCUCACUGCACGUUUAAGUCAGUCCAUUCGCACUGAGCAGAAGCAGCCAAUAGCAGCUUCUGGAUUGAGUCAGACUCAAUAUGUCUCAAUGUUGGACGGUUCCUUCUUUGCGCCUUCUGGACCAGAAUCUAUAUCUGCUGGAUUUGCCUCAAUAGGGGACUCUUCAUUGCACAUGAUUCUGCGAAAACUGUUGGAGUUCAUUCUAAAGACAGGUGGCGGAUACCAACGUGUACGAGCACACUUGUAUGGAUCACUGCUAUAUUAUCUUCAAAUUGCACAAAAACCGGACGAGCCUGACACUUUGGAAACAGCUCAAAAAACUAUGUGGGAGCGACUAACUGCGCCUGAUGAUGUCUUCACGAAGCUACAGCGGGAUAACUUGUCGAUAUUUGAAAGCUACGGCACCAUGCUAAUGGAGGUUCUUUGCCGAGAUGCUUGCGAUGGACAUGAGAUUGGAAGAAUGCUAGCGCUGGCCUUAUUGGACCGGAUCGUCUCCAUAGAUAAGCAGCAACAGUGGUUGCUAUAUCUUUCUAACAGUGGAUACUUGAAGGCCCUCGUUGACAGCUUGGCUCAGGAUGACAUCACUUUGCAGAGCCUGAUUAUGCCACAGGCCCCGCUUCUGAAAGCUCUCUAUAUUUAUGAAUCCAAAAUGGCAUUUUUGACCCGUGUUGCUAAAAGUCAGCAAGGAGCCCUGGAACUUCUGAGGAGUGGGGUAAUCAUUAGACUAGCACAAUGCCAGGUUUUCGACAUGCGUCCAGAAACUGAUCCCCGCGGAGUAUAUGGUAUGAGAGAAACGGCUGGUUUUAUCCCUGCUCCAGUGGAAAGAUACAGGCAAAUUCUAUUGCCUGCACUUCAACUGUGUCAAGUGAUCCUGACUUCAAGUAUGGCACAACAUAUGCAGGCAGCAGGACAGGUGUUGCAGUUCCUGAUUGUUCAUUCAGACACCAUACAGGCAAUUCUCAGGAACCAAGAAGGAAGUCUGGGCUCCUUGCAGGAACUUGCUCUGCUGACUGGUGUAAUCAGCAAAGCAGCCCUUCCAGGUGUUCUCAGUGAACUGGAUGUCAACGAUGGAUCAGUUGUUGAAUUACAAGGACAUAUUGGUCGUUUCCAGCGCCAGUGCCUUGGUUUGCUGAAUCGUUUUGGUGGAUCUGAUAAACUACGCCAGCUCAGUUUACAGGAUGAUGCAUCUCAGUCUGACAGAGUGAGCAAGAAAGAUGAUAUGGAACUGGCCAUUCAGCAGAUAUGUUGCAAUGUAAUGGAGUACUGCCAGGCUCUCAUGAUGCAGAGCUCACCUACGUUCCAGCAAACUGUGUGCCUCUUCACACCCAGCCUCACAGAGACAGCCAGCAGGGAUGGGCCAAGACCAGACACACAAGUUACGAUCCUUCCAUCUUGGAGGCUGCCUAGCUUGGGAAUUGUGCUGUACCUUUUGAAACAGAGUGCCAAUGACUUCUUCACAUACUAUGACAUUCACCGGCAGAGCGUCAGCAAGCUGCAGAAUGUCGAACAGCUGCCACCAGAUGAAAUCAAAGAGUUGAGUCUGUCUGAGAUGCUUAUCGGGGUAGACAAAAUUUCCACCACCCAGAAGUAUGCUUUGGCACGGCGGCGACUAGUUAAACUCAUCAACCACAAAGCCAAGUUGCUAUCAGUUUGCUCAUAUAUUAUAGAAACAUGUUUGUUCAUUCUCUGGCGACAUCUUGAGUAUUAUCUUCUUCACUGCACCCCCAGUGAUACCCAGGAUACACUUUUCUCAGAUACUUCCUUUGGCAACAAACAAUUUCAAGAUUCUCUUCGUACAUUUCCCAAUGCUGACUUAAGGAACAUAGGACAGAACAAAGUGAGCCAGCAAGACAUUGACUUGCUUCAGAGGGAAGGAGCAAACAGCUUUGGGGAGUCGCUGCAGAAGAGACUAUUGGAUAUUGAAGGGCUGUACUGUAAAGGAAGAUCUCGUCACAGCUUUAUCCAAGCCCUAGUCAGGAGGAUACGAGGCCUCUUAAGAGUAUCGAGGGGCUAACCCUAUCUGAUAACAGACCACAUGCGCAAUUAUUCUGUAUCUAAGUUAUGGACAAUAGACUUUUUUUCACUUUUUGGGAAAAUUCUAAAUGAGCAAAUAUUGUUUGUGACAUUUUUUUUUAUACUGCCACUUACAAACCGAUUAAAAAUAUUUACAAUUUUGGA